UCACAGGAUGAGUUGGAUGAACUUCGGGCUGAAAUGGAAGAAAUGCGUGACAGCUAUUUAGAGGAAGAUGUUUACCAGCUGCAGGAGCUCCGGCGAGAGCUGGACCGGGCAAACAAGAAUUGCCGCAUUCUGCAGUAUCGUCUCAGGAAAGCGGAACAGAAAAGCUUGAAAGUUGCACAAACAGGCCAUGUGGACGGAGAGCUCAUUAGGAGCCUGGAGCAAGAUUUAAAGGUAGCCAAAGAUGUUUCUGUCAGACUGCACCAUGAACUGGAGAGCGUGGAGGAGAAACGUGUUAAAGCAGAAGAUGAAAAUGAAAUCCUUCGGCAGCAAAUUAUUGAGGUGGAAGUAUCCAAGCAGACACUGCAAAAUGAGCUGGACAAGUUAAAAGAGAGCUCCCUGAAGAGAAGAGGCAGCAGAGAAAUGCACAAAGAAAAAAAGGCAUUUACCCAGGAGGACAGCGCUGAUUUGAAGUGCCAGCUCCAGUUUGCCAAAGAGGAGGCAGCACUGAUGCGUAAGAAGAUGGCCAAACUGGGGAGGGAGAAGGAUGAACUGGAGCAGGAGCUCCAGAAGUACAAGUCCAUCUAUGGAGAUGUGGACAGUCCCCUGCCUACCGGGGAGGCAGGGGGCCCACCCAGCACCAGGGAGGCCGAGCUGAAGCUUCGUCUGAAGCUGGUGGAAGAGGAAGCCAACAUACUGGGCAGAAAAAUAGUGGAACUGGAGGUGGAGAACAGGGGGAUUAAAGCUGAGAUGGAGGAUAUGAGGUGUCAGUAUGAAAAAGAGUGUCUCAGCAGGGACCACAUUUCAAGCAUUCCUACCUCGCCCUACGGCGACUCCGUGGAGUCGGCCACGGAGCUGCGCCGGCACCUGCAGUUCGUGGAAGAGGAAGCAGAACUGCUGAGACGGUCGAUCUCUGAAAUCGAGGAUCACAACAAGCAGCUAACAAACGAGCUGAACAAAUUCAAGUUUGAGCCAGGCCAGGAGCCGGGCUGGUUGGAUGAUGCCACGUCCAAGUGUGGUGGCACCUUGCAAGAGGAGCUGAAGUCAGCCAGGUUGCAAAUCAAUGAGCUGAGCGGGAAAGUGAUGAAGCUCCAGUAUGAGAACAGGGUCCUGAUGUCCAAUGUCCAGCGUUACGAUCUUGCCUCUCACCUGGGCCUGCGCACUUCCAGCCCCAGGGACAGCGAUGCUGACAGUGAUGCUGGGAAGAAGGAGAGUGACAGCGAAGAGGGUCGCCCACCCCAGCCAAAGAGAGAGGGGCCCAUCGGGGGCGAGAGUGACUCUGAAGAAGUUUAUGAGAAGACAUCGGGUUUUGGGAGCGGGAAGCCGUCGGAAGUCAGUGACCUGUGCUCUGCUGAGCUCAUGAGAGUGAAAGAGGACACCGAGUCUUUAAUUAACAUCAAACGUGAAGCUGAGCGGCUCGAAAGGACUGUGGACCGCCUUAUCACUGAUACGGACAGCUUGAUUUAUGACGCGAAGGUGCAUGUAACCAGCAGCCCAUCUACUGAGCAAGUUUUCAAAAGUGGUGAGGAAAGGGGAGAAGAUAAGCACGAACCUGAGCUUCUGGACACCAUCAACUCCAGGAUGAAAUCUUUCCGGAAGGAGCUGCAGACCUUCCUGGAGAAGGUUGAUCACAUUGGGGAGGGCCUUAAGGAGCAGAUGGAGGACCUCUCCCCUCUUCCCCAUCUCACAGAGUCUUCCAGUUUUCUAUCCACAAUGACGUCCAUGUCUCGAGACUCUCCCAUUGGUAACCUGGGGAAGGAGUUAAUCACCGACUUCCAGUCCAAACUGAGGGAUCAGAUGGAGUGGCAGCUCAAACAAGAUCGUGGAGAGGAGCGAGAGAUUCACCACCAGCGAGCCACCACCGACCCACACCGCAGAGCUGAUGGAGACAUUAAACUCUACAGGCCAGGAGACAAGGGCUGUUUCAGUCUAGAGCUCAGGGAUUCCCAUGUUUUACCUGUACAGAAUGUAUCGAUACAGGAGCUUCAGGCUCAGCUUGAGCAGGAGACGAGACUUCACCGAGAGGAGCAAGAAAAGUUUACAGAAAGGAUCAUCCAGCUGGAGGAGGAGCACAUGCAGACCCUGCGGAGGAAAGACUUGGAAGUGCAGAGCUUGACUUUGCAGAACAAACUGGAAGAGAAGACAUGGAGCCAGGAGAAAAGUCUGCUGCAGCAAGAACUCAGGCAUUUCAAGCAGGACACCUUUCUCCUAUAUGUCAAACUGAAGUGGCUGCUGAAACAUUGGCGGCAAGGAAAGCGGAUGGAGGAGGAAGGGGAGGACAUAUUAGAGAUCGAGCACCCUGAGACCCUCCCAGACCUUGGCAUUCAGUCUGAGCAGAAGACGGACGAGGCAGAGCGAGAGGAGGAAGAAGAGGAUGUUGUGUUUGCACUGUCAGAUUUCUCCCAGCGCCCCACCACAGAGAACGCAGAUCAUGGACCACAGCUGCAGACUGCAGAAUUACUGCAGCAGCAGAAGCAGGCAAGUGAAAAUCGGAAGCUCCUGAGCGCUCUGAAGGGCUUGCUGGAUGACUUCCGCUCGGAGCUGCGGGAUGAGGAGCGCGAGCGCCAGGGGCUCCAGCAGCAAUAUGCCCUGCACAAGGCAGCCUGGGAGGUGGAAAUGACUGAACUGAAGUGCCACCUUGAACAGCUGGAAGGGAAGAGUGAGAACACCUCAGGAGAAACAGGCCUCACUUCUGAUGCAAAGGGAGCUUUUAAAAGGGCAAGAGAGGAGCACAAGAAGCUUCUGGCUGAGAGUCAUGGUGUGGUGAUGGACCUCCGCUGGCAAAUCCAGCACAGUGAGAAGAACUGGAAUCGGGAAAAGGUGGAGCUCCUGGACAGGCUUGAUAGAGACCGGCAAGAAUGGGAGCGUCAAAAGAAGGAGCUGCUCAGGAGGAUAGAGCAGCUUCAGAAAGAAGUGAGCCCACGAAGAGGAGGUGGUUUUCUGUGUGACCAGAAAGAGAGUAACCUUCGUCCAUUUGCGACCCAGGGGAACCUUCAUGUGCCUCGUUCGAUGGGGUCAAGAUCCUACUCUGAUUCAGACGCCAUUCAGUUUGAUGAUCGGUCACUAUCUAAGCUGAAGGAGAGCGACCGGUGCAGUGCCACAGAAAACCUCUUUCUGGAGUCUCUGUCUCUUGAUUCCCCCGACGAGUCUGAUGAGCACCGGUCUCGGCAGCUGGAGCGGGAGAAAUUCUUGACCGGAUUAACGGAAGAGGAGGAAACACACAAAGGAAAUCUUCAAAGGGCGAUGUCCGUUUCUUCCAUGUCAGAAUUUCAGCGCCUCAUGGAUAUUUCUCCAUUUCUACCAGAAAAAAACUUGCCUUCCUCCAGCAGCAAAGAUGACAUAACCCCUCCCCUCUCUCCUGAUGACCUGAAAUACAUCGAGGAGUUCAACAAAAAUUGGGAUUACAGUAACACUAGGAACCAUGGUGGGGCUACCGAGAAGCCUGCUGAAGGCUGGGCAGAAAGGACAGAAACUGGGAAAGCCGGGAAUGAUCCUGCUUCAGAUCCCUUCCAGGCAUCAUCAUGGUACCUCACCACCAGUGUCACUAUGACAACUAACACCAUGACCAGCCCGGAGCACUGCCAGAAGCAGCCAACGAGGAGUCACGGUGUAACUGAAAAAAUGGGAGUUCGGGUCUUUCACAGCCCACCGGUUGUCCGUAGGUUUGAUAACUCGGUGAUAGCUGGCAGCGAAGGGAAAAACCAGGUUGAGCCGGACUUCCUGUUUUCUGUGACCAAAGCUAUGGGGAAUGUCGCUGAGACAAAAGGUGCUUCCUCAGAUAUGUUUGGAAGAUGGUCUUGUGACCUGGCCAAACAUCAUAAGGAUUUUCUGGAGAGUGGUCUUCAUCCCAUUGAACGUCCUAUUUGCACUACUGUGGGCUUUGCCUCACCCUUGCACAGCUUGGAGAUGUCCAAAAACAUGAGUGAUGAUAUGAAGGAGGUCGCUUUCUCUGUCCGAAACGCAAUACGCUCUAACUCUAAUUCAACAGAGCCUCAGUUUAAGGACACUGCAUGUCAAACCAAUGGUAUGAGAACAACAGGGACGCAGACCACCCAGACGAUCAGUGUUGGCUUGCAGACGGAAACCCUGCGCAGUAUCACCAGCAGUCCACACAAGUGUCUGACACCAAAGGGGGGGUCCACGCCUGUCUCUUCACCAUCCAGAAGCCUAAGAAGCAGGCAGGUGACCCCCGUCAUUGAAAAGGUCCAGGCUAAGUUUGAACGCACAUGCUGCUCCCCCAAAUACGGCUCCCCAAAGUUGCAAAGAAAAAUCCUUCCCAAAUCAGACCAGCCAAAUAACCGGACUUUGCCUGGCACACCUCAGAAAGGAUUCAGUGAGUCCGCUUGGGCUAGAUCAACUACUACAAGGGAGAGUCCUGUCCACACCACCAUCAAUGAUGGCCUCUCCAGUUUGUUCAACAUUAUUGACCAUAGCCCCAUCUUUCAUGAGACCUUCCAAAAAUGCCCCAGGUCUAGCAGCCGGUCCAGGUCAGCAGAACCCAGACCAGAACUGGGCCCAGUGCAGGAGCCGUGUACAAAUGCCCGUGGCAGAUCACCCAGUCCUCUCCGGUUGGGGACAGAGACGCAAAAGGAAGAAGGGACUGAGGUGACAAGUAUCAGGCAGGACUUAUCUGCUCCUCCAGGGUAUACACUUACAGAAAAUGCUGCCAGGAUCUUGAAUAAGAAACUUUUGGAGCAUGCCUUAAAGGAAGAGAGAAGGCUACCUUCACACAGCCCACCAAAUCUUAGCAAUGACAACAGCACAGGAGAAAUUGUCAAAGUAGAUCCAGGGUCCAUAGAGAACCAAACUGUCUUAUUAACUGCCCCCUGGGGACUCUAA